AUGCGUGCACUUGAAGGUUGUUUUGAGCUGUCGAAUUGGAGAGAAAUGAGCCAUCCAGCGGUUCACUUAAUUCUUUUUGGAGUCAUCGUAUCCAUAGACGGAGUUUACGUAUCGGUUUUAAAUCAAGCAGAUGAUGUCAGUUAUUCAGCACACGUUGGUGGGGCAGUCGUAGGUCUCCUUCUAGGCGUUAUCGUUCUCAAGAAUCUCAAUGAAACGCAAAAAGAGACCAUAUUCUGGCACGUGUGUUGCAUCACGCUAGGUAUAUCGAUGCUCAGUUUAGUUUUGCUUGAUAUUUGCCUGCCCAUCGGUGAAAAAAAAAGUGACACUACUGAAAUGCCCUUUUUAUAAUACGUUUUUAUUAACUUGAACUUAAAAUUCUCAAACCAAAUAUUUUGAAUUACUGAAUCGAAUUCUAUUGUUAAUUUCUGACUUAUUUGUACAACUGUUUUUUAUAAAUCGCACCUCCAUUUGAAAUUCGUCAUAGAUCAAAAUAGGUAGGUAUGUACAUUUUACAACUUAUUCUUCUUUCAAUGAAGCAUUCAUUUCUAUGACAGAUUUUCCGAGUUUUACAAGGAAUUUUGCAUUGACGCGUUGAUGAACAUAUUUCCGGCGGGCCACAGAUAGACACUUCGAACCACGAUGGAUGACAAUUAUUAUAGGUGUUUUAACUUUCCUCAAAUCCCAUAUAAAAUAUAAAAACAAAAGACGAUAUGACACGGUUACUAAGGACGUAGUGACGUCACGGAAAUAAAAAAGUGAGUUGACAGAAAAUAUUUUCCUUGGUGUCGUACAUUAGUUUUUUAAAAAAUCUAAUAUUUUAUUGUUAUUUAUUGAUGAUUAUAUUUUUAUUUUUGAACUUUGUUGUGGUGUUAGAGUUUUUUAUAAUAUCGGUUGUUUGACCUUUUCAAAGACAAGGUACAAAACAUCAAGGAAAAAUCAUGUAAUGAUUUCCAUCAAAUUUCAAAAGAUUUACUUUUUAUUUGAAUUAUAAAGAGAAAUAGUAUUGUAUGAAUGGUUUAUUUUUAAACAUUUUGGAUUAGGAUACGACCUCCGAGCUGAAUUCGGAUCACACUUUGUUUAUAUCCAGAAAUAUUUUGAAAUUUUGGCAAGCCUGUAGCUAGCCGUGGUGUUGCUGUUGCCUGCCAAAAGUGCCAAACAAUUUUUAAUUCUUACAGACAAAAUUCGUUAGAAGUAAUAAAGGGACUCAGCCUAAACUGAAAUUAAAGGCAUAUGGUGUAGGUUAUGGAAUUAUUUAUUAUGUUAAUUUGUUAAUUAGUUUUAAAUUCAGAAAUAAAAUCACUCUGUAGAGUGUAAAAAUGUCAGAACUGAUUAAUUAAUUUUUAUAAAAAGUCAUGGUAAUUAUUGCGAAGACGCCCUUUUCUUAAGAAUACAUAUUUUUUACAAAACUUACAUUUUAUUCUUUAGGAAGGAGAGUAUUUUUCAAAUAUACUACCGGAAACUCCAUAAAUUAACGCUUUAAAAAAAUACAUAUUAAAGGCUUAUGAGGAUCAUUAAGUGAUAAUUUGUGUAAACUUAUUCAUUAAAAUUUAGAAUUAUGUCUGUCAUGCUCUGUCAAUAUAAAUUAUUGUGGUUUUGUCAACGAAAAAGAAAUCAGUUCUAUUAAUUUAUUUCCGGUCACACCCGAUGAUUUAUUUAUCCAUUUUGAUUGAAUUGUUGUAG